GAUUUUUUUAUAUAUACCCUAUGAAGACCUCCAGCUCAGCUUUUUAUUGUUUAUCAUUUCUUUUGUGCUUCCACUUGCCUUCUUGCCUUGCUCAGAUUCCUUGGUCCAUGACUAUAAACCAGGGGUGGGCAAGUUUUGGUUCCCAUCAUGGCUAUCACACAGUUUCGGUUAUUUAAAGUUUGUACCUGCUUAGCGACAUUAUUCUCCUUCCUAAAGAGAUUAAUAUGCAGAUCUGGCAGAGGAUGGAAAUUAAGUGGAGACCAAAUAACUUUGCCAACUACAGUUGAUUAUUCAUCAGUUCCAAAACAGACAGAUAUUGAAGAGUGGACUUCCUGGGAUGAAGAUGCUCCCACAAGUAUAAAGAUUGAAGGAGGGAAUGGGAAUGUGGCAACACAACAAAAUGCUUUGGAACAACUGGAACCUGACUAUUUUAAGGACAUGACACCUACUAUAAGGAAAACUCAGAAAAUCAUUAUUAAGAAGAGAGAACCAUUAAAUUUUGGCGUCCCAGAUGGUAGCACAGGUUUCUCUAGUAGAUUAGCAGCUACACAAGAUAUGCCAUUUAUUCAUCAAUCACCUGAAUUAGGUGACUUGGAUACCUGGCAGGAAAAUACCAAUGCAUGGGAAGAAGAGGAAGAUGCAGCCUGGCAAGCAGAAGAAGUUCUGAGGCAACAGAAGAUAGACAGAGAAAAGAGAGCAGCGGAACAGCAAAGAAAGAAAAUGGAAAAGGAGGCACAGCGGCUAAUGAAAAAGGAGCAAAACAAAAUUGGUGUGAAACUUUCAUAACAGAUGUUCUUCAAAUGUCAUAAUGCCAGUGGGAGAAAUAUGAAAUCCACAACCCAAGCAACAUUUGUAUGAAUCUAAGAGUAUUUCCCGAAUACAAACACACUGUUUGAUUUAAUGCAUUCAUCAGGCCAUUCAGGACACUAGGAUUCUGUCAAAGUACCUUGAACUUGUAGUGAUUGAGACUCAAAAGAACAAAAAGACUUAUGAGACAAUAUUUUCUUCAACAUGUUCCAUUAUAAGACAGUUGUUUGCUGUAAGCAAAUUAUUACAAAUGGAAUAUACCAGUACCUCUUCAAGCUGGUGUUUCUAGCUGAAUGUGUGACUUGAGGGCCACAAUGGGUUCUUAAACUGGACUGGAGGGCCGGAACAA